AUGGCUUUCAUAAGCUUGUUAGAAAUCUCCAUUGCUUUCUUUUGCUUUUUUCUCUUCCGACAUUUCUUGAUCAACAAGAAACCUCACCGUCUAUGUCCCACAAACUGGCCUUUCCUCGGUAUGAUUCCAGGUUUGCUUGUCGAAAUCCACCGUGUUUACGACUUCAUAACCGAGAUCCUCGAGGUCACAAACCUAACCUACUUUUGCAAAGGCCCGUGUUACACGGGCCUAGACAUGUUGGUCACGGUUGAUCCUUCUAACAUCCACCACAUCAUGAGCUCAAACUUCUCAAACUACCCUAAAGGUCCCGAGUUCAAGAAACUAUUCGACGUCCUAGGAGAUGGGAUCUUCAACGCGGAUUCAGAGCUGUGGAAAGAUCUGAGGAAAUCAGCUCAAAGCAUGAUGAUGAAUCCAGAGUUUCAAAGAUUCUCAUUAGCCACAAGCUUGAGAAAGCUAGAGAAAGGUCUUGUCCCACUUCUUGACCAUGUUGCUAAAGAGAAACUCGUUGUGAACUUGGAAGAUGUUUUCCAACGUUUCACGUUCGACACCACGUGUGUUUUAGCCACCGGGUAUGAUCCAGGUUGUCUCUCGGUUGAGUUUCCGGAAAUAGAGUUUGCAAGAGCCUUAGACGAUGCAGAGGAAGCCAUAUUCUUCAGACAUAUCAAGCCGGAGAUCUUGUGGAAGUUGGAAAGCUUCAUUGGUUUAGGAGAUGAGAAGAAGAUGACGAAGGCUCGUGCCACUUUUGACCGUGUUUGCUCCAAGUACAUAGCUUCUAAGAGAGAUGAGGUUACAAAUAUGGACUCUCUAGAUUUGCUGACGUCAUACAUGAACUUGGAAACGACCAAGUACAAGUUGUUGAAUCCUAGUGACGAUAGAUUCCUCAGAGACACGAUCUUGACCUUCAUGUUAGCGGGGCGUGACACGACAGGAUCUGGUCUCACUUGGCUCUUCUGGCUUCUCUUUAAGUUUCCAGAAGCCAUGGACAAGAUUCGUCAAGAAAUCAAGAAGACUCUAUCUCCGAAAACAAAGACUGAUGAUGAAUCUGAUUCUGAUUCAUUCAAUCCACAAGAGUUAAAGAAGUUGGUGUAUCUACAUGGUGCAAUUUGUGAAGCCCUUAGACUCUAUCCACCUGUCCCAUUUCAACACAAGUCUCCUACUAAAACCGACGUUCUUCCAAGUGGACACAAAGUGGAAGCCAAUUCCAAGAUUUUGUUCUGUCUUUACUCAUUAGGGAGAAUGAAAACGGUUUGGGGAGAAGAUGCAUUGGAGUUUAAACCGGAGAGAUGGGUUUCUGAGAGUGGGAAGUUGGUACAUGAGCCGUCUUAUAAGUUCUUGUCUUUUAACGCUGGUCCAAGAACUUGUUUGGGGAAAGAAGUGGCUUUGACGCAGAUGAAGAGUGUAGCUGUGAAAAUCAUACAAAACUAUGAGAUUAAGAUGGUCGAAGGGCAAAAGAUAGAGCCAGCACCUUCUGUUAUUCUUCACACGAAGCAUGGUCUUAACGUCACUGUCACUAAGAGAUGUCUGGUCUGA